GUGGCAUCGGAAAGCUUCGGCUCUCCUGUUGCGUGUCCCAGUAAAGGCAGUAGACUACACGUAGAAUCUGCUAGCAUCAGUGAUUUGGUACUCCAGACGUGAAAAACGUAGAAUUAUAGUCGCUCGCGGCUCAGUGUGUAGACUUUGAAUGGGCCGACAUCUAUCGCAACAUAGUCCAAACUCUGGAAGCGUGCGAGAUUCUGCGAGCGAGAUUGAGCUUACACUUUUUGUUACAGUAUCGCCUUGCAUGUGUGUCUUCCGAUACGCGCAGUGUCGGAGGCCUCGGAUUUCCGCCUGGAACUAACUUGGAAGUUGAGCUAGACUCGCAGAAGCUAGUCAGUGACAGCGCUCAGCGUGGUGGUGCCAGAGUGGACGCUCUCGACAUUCGAAUAUCUCUCCGAAUUUUGCUAGCUUUCUUUAGUGCGGUAGUAUUCGCAGGAUGUUGCAAACCCGUAAACAAUGGUAAAAGGUGAAAGCCAAUGUAGCAUUUCAACUGCAGUUGACACUAGCCAAAUCACAAGAAAGGUUUCGUAGCAAUACAAAUGCGCUUCCUUGGCGACGUCGCAGCAGUUUAAAUCACUCUUCCGAACGGCUUCGGAUAGGAGGGGAACGAGCAGGGAGGUAGAGAACUUCGACCAGGAACAAGAAAAAGCGCCAUUGCGCUAGAAACUCAUUAUCAGUGUACCGCCAAGCGCGUGCUGUCCUCUCUUCGUGCCCGGCCCCAGGCAAGUAUGCUGUCCUCUCUUCGUGCCCGGCCCCAGCCCAGGCAAGUAUGAGUAUUGAGUAAAACCUGCGCCCUAGCCUGCAGGUUACGGGACCGUAAGUUUCUUGCUCAACGACUAUUCCGCAAAGGAGCCUUCCAGGAAAUAGCGUAGAACUACGGACGACAGACGACUGCGCCGCAUAAUCCGUAGGUGGAUGACCAGCGACCACCGCUUUGUGGCCAACAGCGGCGGGAGGUAAUCAACGCUGAACGGAAGUGCACGACGUCGAAACUCUCGACAGGCGACGCAGACGUGGCCGUCAUCGUGGAACGAGCUCGAACAUGCCAGCGCAAUGGCAGGCAACAGUGUCUGCCGUUAGAAGGCCUGUCAGUGUCAUCAUAGUAUUCGCAUUGGUGUUGCUAAGCCCACACCACUUGGCUAUGGGAGAGGAAACUGUGCCCGAUGCGCUCCGCACCGGGACGACUCCACAGUGUCACGGCCUGUUUGUGGUAAGGUCAUCUACGCAGGACAAGUCAACCAUGCCAGACAUCGCCAUUGUGAAUUGCACCGGUUUGCCAUCAAAUUGUAAGAUUAAGGCGCAGGAACCCUUCCUCUACCUCGAGUCCAGUCUAACGUCGGAGUUGAUGCAACCUUAUCACUGUCAGUGCAUGUUUAAAAGCGGUAACGCGUGCGGGAGUACAGUCGCAAACACCGAUGUUUACAACUGCACACGUAUCAAAGAGAUGGUAUCACAUUCCCCAGAAUCAGUGCCUGCCUCGGCCGAUAGUCGUCCGUGGAGUUGAAAGCAGCGUCAACCUGAGUAUAUUGACAAACCCGGUGUUUGUCAAUGGCAGCACCAUUCUUACCUGCAUGGUCACAAGCUUAUCAACAGUCCAAUCAAUGAGCAUCGUGCGUAAACAUGGCAGCCAGUCCACUGUCAUCAAGAUCCUGGAUGCCGGUAACUUCAUGCCACCAGUCCUGAACCCCGAGACCAAAGUCUGGCACAAUUCAGUCAGCUAUCUCGUGCCGAAUGUUGAGACCACUGCCAAGUACGCUUGCAACGUCACGUAUUUCGGUGGGGUGCAGAACAUCAGCUCGUACACGUUGUUGCAAGCUGUGCCUCGGCAAACAGCGGAGUUACAUGAGUGCAAAACUAUAGUCGAACAGCAGCUUUGUGAGCAAGGCAGUCCUGGAGAACAGCUCUGUGAAACCUUCAAACAACAGAUAUGUUUUGAUGGUUAUCCGCACAGACAUUGUAACUACAGUCUGCAGCUGGAGUUGCUCCCCAGAAGUAAAGCAUUCUUCCAAUCGUUUGAGGUUCACAUUGGCAUACAAGAUCAAGAAAGCUAUGCCAUGAACAAUAACAGCGCACACAUCUCACCUUUUGUCUUCUACACGUUGGGCGGGGAACUACACGUGCCCAAUCAUGACACCGAUGCCACUGUGUACAAACUCCACGGUCACCAUCCCGGCCAGACGCUGCAGCUGUUUCUCGUGCAGGAGCACAGCAGAAAGCUGGAGCUGCUGUGCCCGACGAUGGCACACCGUCGGGACCUGACAUGCUGCGGUGGCAAUGCCACAUACCGCAUGGACGUCCGAGCUGACCGCCCCGGGAGCGAGAGGCGCAUAGUCCUGGACAUUCUGUGCCACGAUUGUGACACAUGCUGCAGCCCUAACGAAGAAAUGGUCUCAGCUAGAGUCAGAGCAGAUCUAUACUCGGCCUUCCCAACAGCUGAGCCUACCACCAAGAUCACAUCACCGUCAGCGGAUAGUGUCGCAUCGUCAAUGCCGACAGUUACCAUGGUAACAUCCCCGACUACCCUCGGCAAUAUCACUGCCAGUGCUGCCACGGGCGACUCUGUAGCUAGUGCUCCAGGUAUCCCAGCCUCGACCCCUGUGAGUGUUCAGAUGUUUACACAAUCCACCAGCCCUGAACCAUCCACAGAAACCACCAGCCCUGAACCAUCCACAGAAACCACCAGCCCUGAACUAUCCACAGAAACCACCAGCCCUGAACUAUCCACAGAAACCACCAGCCCUGAACUAUCCACAGAAACCACCAGCCCUGAACUAUCCACAGAAACCACCAGCCCUGAACUAUCCACAGAAACCACCAGCCCUGAACUAUCUACAGAAACCACCAUCCCUGAACUAUCCACAGAAACCACCAGCCCUGAACUAUCCACAGAAACCACCAGCCCUGAACUAUCCACAGAAACCACCAGCCCUGAACUAUCCACAGAAACCACCAGCCCUGAACUAUCCACAGAAACCACCAACCCUGAACUAUCAACAAGCAAAAAUGCCGCAUUGAGUCUGUCACUAUCGCAACUACUACCAGAUCUGGACACAGUCGCCGACAGCAUUAGCAGUGAUGCCACAAGCAGUGAUGAUGAUCCGGAUCCAAUGGAGGAGGACGAGAUAGCAAGUCUUGAUAAGAUCAUAGACAAAGUGGAGCAACUAUCCGAAUCCGUCUCAAACGCACAGUUCAAUGAAAAGGAUGUUGACACUGCAGUAAGCUGGGUAAGCAGCUAUCUCUCCAGAGCCAAAGCUAUCAGUCCUGGAGCAACAAUACCCAAGAGUCUGCACAACAGACUGUUCACGGUCAUUCCCAACUUGCUGCAGCCAGGAUCAAUCGACGCCGACUACAUCUCAGUGGCCAACACUGACUUUGUUGCAAUUCUGUCCACCAGAGCGAGUGCCUCGUCAAAGGGCAAAAUCCGGCUUGAUUGGCCAGAGCGCGAGUACAGCCGUGCGGGUGGAAACAGCAGCGAUCAGCCGGAGAAGGCAGGGAUAGUUUCUGUGCAGCUUCCCUCAAUGCUGUUCCAAGAGUUGGGCAAUACGUCGGACAGUGCUUCCGUAAUGCAGCUGUCCAUAGUGCUCAACGGAAGCAUAUUUGGCUCGCCGAACGCUGAUGAUAUCCCCGACGUGCGUGAUCCGGAGGACGUCUUCGGGACUCCCGUCUCCUCGGUUAUAAAUCUGCAAGUCGGCCACAACGCCUCCUCCAACCUUCCCGAACCAGUGAGGAUAUCCCUAGCAGCGUCAAACAAAACCACCAAGCUGGGUGGUGCCAAUGGCAGUGUGGUGUGUGCAUUCUGGAACACCACGCUACGCAGCAAUACUGGUGGCUGGUCACGACGUGGUUGCAGUCUGGUGUCCAACUCUGCAAACACCAUCACGUGUGAAUGCAAUCAUCUAACGAGUUUUGCAUUAAUCCAGAGCCUGUUUCCACGUGGACCUAGCUCGGGGCCUAGCGAAACGCAGCGCAACGUCACCCUCUACGGGCUGGCCAUCUCAUCCCUGUUCCUCAUCGCCACUGUUCUAGUCUUACUCUUGUUCAGAAAGCUACGGGUGGACAUUGCCAAUCGCCUGCUCUGCCAUUACUGCAUGGUCAUGCUGGUACUGAACGUCAUCACCGUUGUCAAUCAGAGCAUCACCCCAUCACCAUGGCGAUGCACAGUGAUCAACGUGCUCACACACUACACCCUUCUGACCCUGUACCUGUGGGCGCUGGUGCAGGCUCUGCACCUGUACCGACUCCUGGUCACCGUGUUCUACAAGGAGGUAUCGCACAUCCACCGCAAGGCCAUUGUUGUAUGCUACGGUGUCCCGUGUUUAGUUUGCCUGUUGACAAUGGCAUCACGGCGCUUCAGCAUGGACAAUUAUAGUGGGUACAACGAGAGAAAUUUAUGUCAAAUGCGCACAAUACCGGACGGCGUUGUGGCACUGCUGGUCCCGGUCAACGCCAUCGUCCUCUUCAACCUGGUCAUCUUCGUCCGCGUCAUGCAUGUGUCCAUACGCCAGAGCUCCAGCGCGGUGAAGUCGAGUGUCUCCACAAGACGACUGGUACGCGUUGGCACGGGAACAUUCCUGGCUCUAGGUCUCUCUUGGAUCCUGGGGAUGUUCUCCGUGGUAGCUAGAUACGAGUGGCUGAAGAUACUGUUCUCUGUUGCUCUCUCAGCGUGUGGCAUGCUGAUCUUCAUCACCAAGGUAUUGCUUUCCCAGCAAGUGCGCACGGCCGUUUCUGCCAGCUUGGAACGAACAAUGGACGUCAGCUCACGCCACGGGCGCAAGAGCAGCGCAGGAGUCGCUACUGUCGGUAGCGGCGACAUCAAGAACAACGACAAUCGCUCGCGGUUGCCACGAAAAAUUCAGCAGCGUCGCCUGAGCUCGUUUCUACUCCGGGUCAGCCCGUACCGCUCGCGUACGUCCUACUGCAGUGGCUGCUCGGCAAUGCGCAGCGGUGCUCCGUGCAACACAUGCACACAGGCACUGCAGCUAGAUAACACCAGUGCCACCGCUCUCUCCAUGCAAACGCUGCACACAUGCGUCUCCUUGGCAAUGAUCUCCGCGCCGACGAGUCCGUCGAAGGAGGAGGACACUGUCGGACGGGAUACAAACCUCAGCCUGACAGUGACGUCCGACAACAGCACGGUCCAUCCCUCCUCCGUGAAGAGCAAGCUGGAGGAGGGCAGGGCGCCUUUUUGGGUUUAACUGACUGCAGUUGCAGACUGUCCUACGUACACGCUCGCACCCUGCACGCCUGAACGUGCAUGUGCGAGCACGGACGCACAAGAGCGUGCACACACGCAUGCACAUGCACGCGGCUACGUGUCAAGAUUCUACUCUGGACAGACGGCUUUCACGGCAGGGGGCUCAGAUGACAUUGAAAGAACCCGGAAGCCAUUCCGGUCACUGAACCUGACUGACCUGUGAGAUGCCUGCGCUGCACACUGGUGUGUAUCGUAUGUAGCAAAAGGAAGGAAUUCUCAAAUUGGCUGGCUGCUCUGUAGGGUCUACUCAACACAGUAAAUUUCACUGCCAUUGUCCAACGAGAUGGCCGUUGAAUUUCCCAUGUCUUCAGCGGCAAAGCACACUUAUGUUUUGUACAACAAGUAAGUUUAAGUUGCUAAAAGAUUAUCCAACUUACACUACUAUAACCUCUAACCCAGACAUUUGAAAUAACCCCGAAAAAUCCUUUAGAAGUGUGACAGGUACGUGAAGACUUCUGAGCACACACACUAGCAGUCGCGCUGAAAUUCACUCAAUUUUCUUCCACUGCUAAACGAUUUUAGAAUUUCAAAAAGGCCGGCUUACGGUCCGUCCAUAAGAGAUUUAGUGAGGUAGAACGAUUCUCUGGUAUUGUGCCAGGAUACACAUGACAUGAUAGCAGCAUCUCCUCGGCUCCCCCUCUCUCGCACAACGUUUAAUCAGCUAACACUUUUCCCGUCGCAAUAUCGCCAAUAUUAUUCACAUCAUUCACUUCAUCACAUUGUUAUUCUCGUUUCGGACUCUACCUGUCUUUAAAAGCAAUAAUUUGGUGAGACACACACAAUGGAAAUAUUUACUUCAAUUGAUGCUGAGAAAUUUCCCUGUUCAGCUGCCGAUUUCUCUUCACCUCAAUUUCAUCACGCUUUUUAGUAGGACAGGUUUAUAUCGUCAUAUUCCUCCUGUCCACAACAAAUCACAGAUUUGACCC